AUGGCAACCAAGGAUCAUCAUAUUUUGAACGUUCAAGAGGACAUCAGUAAGAAGGCCACCACUUUGUCUGGGUUGAAGGUAGUUGAAAGUGAAAGUGAUUUGCGUCGAAAGAGUCUUCCAUCCAUCGCCCCGCUGAAUUUCGAGGUCGGCAGUGCAAUGGAAGCUCCACGCAGCUGCAGCGCAAAUGAUGCUUAUUCACACGAUGAUACACCUCAUAUGGCGUGCCUGCUGCCCAGUAUAGAAACCAAAGCUGCUUUUGAGGACAAUUCACCUUUGCUUCCGAGUCAAGCAGACGUUAAAGCGAAAAGGUUAGCAAAAAAGGAUUUUUCACUCUUGCAUAACAUCAGUCUCCGCGACACAUACGUUAGGUCUCAACGCUGUCACCCAUUUUCUGCCUGUUUUUCUUAUCCUCUUUAGAUCUUUUAGCCUCCAGGACUAUCUAGCACUCACCUUAUGUUUCUUUAAAAUAUCACCGCUGAAUCAUCAUCAACAACAACAACAACAUUUAUAUAUUAUUUAUAGUGCGCCCUUUCUUUAUAAUUAUCAAAAGCGUAUAACUGAGGUCACGGGCAGCUGUAAAAACAACUUGGUAUUUUAGUUCGGCUGGCCUGCGGAAGACUUUGAAUGUCAGUCUGUUGCUCGCUUUGAAUAAAUCCAGUCUAAACUGCAACCUUUUAUUUCUCAGUUUCUAAGAAAUACCAUGCUUGCAGGCACUCCUCUCUCAUCUCUCAUUCUUUCGUCCUUGUUUACACUGCCAUUUAUUAUUCCCCAUGUGAUUUUACAUGAUGCUGAAAACUGCUGCACUCUUUUUCGAUAGUGGAGAUGAAUUCAAGGCCAGUCAACGCGACACUUGUUGCAUGAUGCAUGCUACAGAAGAUCUAGGUUUUAUAGCAACAGCCAGUGCUGAGAAGGUAAGCCAAACCUAACAGAAAUACGCAUGUUAACGUCAGACUUUUAUCGACCUCGUGAUGAUUUUUUUGUGUUUUGAAGCGCUUGUUAGCCCAUAUAAUGCACAUUUAUCUUUCCAACUAAGGAUAUCUUCGAAGACGGCCAAACCGAGGACACAGGAACACUUGAUGGACCAGUACCAGAUGUACUUUUCGCGCCAAGAGGACCCUCCACUGAAAAAGUGCAAUUUAGGAGUAAGAGGAAAUCUCUAGCUCCUUCUGAAGUUAAAAGGUACUUUUUAUGGUUACCUUGUUUUUCUUGGACAAAAAACUAAAACUUUGAUUGUAAAGUUCGUUUAUUCUUUAAACAGCUUUUCAAAUUGGACGGUGAACUAAGAUAAAUUAAAAAAGCAAUCUAUCCCCCUUUUGGCUUUAUGGAGGAGAGUACUAGGCCAAAUUCAAAGUCAUCCUUUGUUAUAUUAGUCUCCCUCGCAGCCGUUUUUUGGAUGUCACGCAACGCUCUCCCUCUUUUAGGGGAGCGUUAUCAGUCUCUUCUUUAAUAUUAUUUGUGAUGGCAGAGAAGCCGGGAGCUGGGACUGUUCAAAGACAGCAUGAGUAAACGAUAAAGUAUAAAUAGCUAAUAUAAUCCCAACAAGCCAAAGAGGUUUCCAGUAAUUGCACCACAUGUUCUAGAUAGUAAUUAAAAAUGUUUUGGUAGUAGAACUAGUAGUCCAGCCGGGCACAAUGUGAUGAUAAAUAAAAUGAUUUGAGCCCCUCUGUAUACAGUCUAUAUAAUAAAUGAUUUAGUUACCUAGGGGAUAUUUUACCCUCCGACACAAUGAAUCAUUAUCGGAGGCUAAAUUUGCACGUGUGCAGCUGUGACUAAAAGUCCUAAAACUCGAAUCCUCAUACUGUUACCUUCAGCAGCCGCACCCAAAUCUGCCCACGCAAAACUAAGAUCACUGUCAUUUUUAACGCCCAAAGACAUAGUGGACGCCACGUGUUGCCAAAUUUACCCUUCUGCAAGGGACUUGAAUCGUACCCUAGUGUUUUAGUUGACAAAUGAAAUAAAUAUCAACAAAAAAAGAUAGCAAAUUGUAGACAAAAAUGAUGUGAGUUUUUCGUUAUUUUGGAUGGUCUAGUCCGUCCCAGUAAAAGCUUAAAAUCGUAAUGAGAGUUAGCUAAUAUGCCACAAUAUCGUGAAUUUUUUUUUAACAGAGUUUCUUCAAUCUCAUAGCAUAGACAAUGAAGAAGCCACAGUGUUGAGGUCCCAGUCACCCUGCGGCGAGUCGAAUGAUAGAGAACAAGAAACGGAGGAGCAGAAUGAAAUGGGAGAUGAGAUGGCAAAAGAAAAUAAUGAAGAAACCAACCAAAACCAACACUCCGGUCAAGAAAGAAUGAACAACAAAGACAGCAUUUCAAGAAAUGAUACCAAAUUCAGUAGGCCUUUCGAGGUAGGAGCAUAGUUUGCCAGACCCCACCGGAGAAGCGGUCAAUGACCAACCUCGUCCCCAGGGCUUUUCCGCUUAAAAAAUAUCCCGCCCCACCCAUUUUUUAAGGGAAAAGCCCUGGGGACGAGGUUGGUCAAUGACGGGAAGUCAGUUUCCUAACCAUCCGAAAAUAGUUUAGCAAACGGUUACGCAGUUUUGAAGUAAGACAUUCUUUCCGAUUUGAAAAAUCUCUGCUCACUUGGCUAACCAGUUAGAAAGGAAUCCAGAGCUAUGUAUAACCAACUCGGCCUGUUGUUAUGGAGCAUGAUCCUCCAAAACUGUUAGAUGAUUGAACAGCCAUCCAACAUGCUGCAAUGUGGUGUAAUGUUAGAAGUGAACAACAUGACAGAAUGAUGCGAUGCGUCCAAAACUGCUUAAGUGCCGUGGUCACUGAUGUCAUUCGUUUUCUUACCAGCCAAGUGCCGUUUCUUUUUCCACAACAGUUAGCUUUAGCUUUUGUUGUUUAAUCAGUUGUGUCACUCUAUACCGGGUGAAUCAUAAACAAGUUAAUUCAUAGAAGUUGUUGGAAGUUUAAUUGAUUAUUGGAGUCAUUUUUCCUCAGGCGCUGUCUGAUACGAUGCAGCCACUUGCCCCUCUCCCUUUCGUACAAGCAGGCACUAGUCGGCGAAGAUCGUCAACAGCUUCCUCGCAGCAUUUUCCUGCUAGCCCACCCUCAGCCUUCAUGGGUGUCCCUCGAUCAAGGCGAGUGUCUAGCGUGGGUUCAUCAAUUUUCUCCACCCCUUCAACCUCAGCACAACCAGACACGUUACAAGCCUUGCAAGAAACUUCAAAGAGGCUACCAAACGAGUCCUCACAGGGAACGUCUGGCGUGCCCGAAUCAAGGCGAGGCUCGCAAGCCAGACGAAGGUCCUCAGUGGCAGCUUCUAUGUUGUCCUCCGACACACGCGACGGUAAAAAGGGAUCCAUUGGCUUUACUCUUGCUGCUUCUUUAGUUAAAUGGAAAAAGAAUUCCUUGAGAGAAACUAGGAAGGCUAACGAGACCAUUGCUAAGGUGAAUUUUAGUGAUGAAACUUGAAUUAAUUUGUAACAGAACCCUUUCAAAACUACUUACAAUAGAUCUACAGAUGAAUCUUCAUCAUAUUGAACUUAAAUCAAUUUCCCAUGUUGAAAACAGCCGUUACAGAGCUGGGUAGUGACGCGUCAUCAGUAUGGAAUUUCUGUGCCCAUUUCUCAGACUUCAUUUCGAGGGGAAAACCGUAGCGGCGUUGCCAAGUAACGACUCUUUUCUCAGGCGUGUAGAAUAUGUUGAGGUUAAGGGACUGCUGCUCUGAAUUUAAAUCUCUGGCAAGAGACUUUUUGCAAAUCGGGAUCAAGUCCGCCUACGCAUUAUUCUCCAGAGUCGCAAUAGUGAACAGCUACUGGCCAAAGAAUGUUUUUUUUUUUACUCUUCUGUUGUAGAGCCUGCGCAAAUAUCACCAAGGAAGAAAGCUUCCUUAUGGAGACAAAAGAACUUUUAAAAGUUUUCUACCCUUUAAGUUACUGCUUAGUUCUAUAUACAGGCGAGGCACGAGUUUCCGCAGAAGGUCGUUUUUCAUUCCCCUGGGAUUUGACUAACCCCAAUCUAAUUCCGAGUCGGUGCAUAACCUAAUCAACUUAUAGAAGACAUCAAAUACUGUAGCAACUAUACAGACACUAUAAAGACCCCAUACCGUCCUAUAUUGUUAUAUAUUGUUAUAUGCUAUAACAUGUACUAAUAUUAAUGCUAUAUAACUAUAAACUACGUUCAAUAUAUACUCAUCGCAUUGUACUGUGUUGCAUCCUAAAUACACGCAUGUCAUGUAGACUAUGAUAAGUAGCGUGCUGUAUAUAUCAAAUAAUGUAUUCAUAUGCUGAUAACCAGUGUUAUCAUUCCACUCGAUACAUCUUUUCAGUGUCAGAUGCUACUGACCACCGUUGUCAUUUUUUAGUUUUCAUUAUUUUCUCUAUCCAGGACGCUAAACACCAAGAAUUCAUGAACAAAACUGCUGAUCGCAUCAAAACCGAGGUGAGUCCAGCUCACACUUUAACAAUCCUGAAAACGUAUAAAAUAGAAAACAUUCUUAUGUCGAUUUUCAUCUGGAAAAAUUAUUUUAUAGCUUGACAUUUUUUUCAUUAUCUUUUCUUGUUCCCUUUUUAAAUUUUUGUUCCAUGGAAAACGUGCAUGCAUUUCAGAUUAAACAACUCCAAAUGAAUGUAUGUCGUCUCCGCAGCUCAAUAGUUAAUAUUUAUUUUAAAGGGGAAAAAUAUUUUCUAAAGAACUGGGUCAUUCUACCAUUCUGUUGUUAGCUUCCAAAACAGUUACUGGUCUCUAUACAAGAGGAAGCUUACCCGAUUAUACUACGAACAGCACAAGGUAGGCACGUGACUACUUCACUUAGGAUCAUUUCAAAAGGUUGAGUUUGAUCGUCCGGGUGAACGUAGUCCUGAAUAGGACUGUUGUUGUUGACAGUGACUGACGUUUCGACAACCUGUGCGGAAGUCAUCUUCAGAGUCAAAGUGAGUUGUAUCACGUCAGUUGAUGGUAUUAUACUCUGGUUAUUGAUCUGAUUGGUCAAUUAUGUCGCGAUGUUAUUGGUCGUCUGUCAGUUAAGCCGUGAUGUUAUUGGCUACGAAGACUCGUAAUCAGUGAUUGGUGCGUUUCGAUCCGUCUUGUCACAGUUAAACAGUCCUCUAUUGUUAGUCAAAUUGUCAGUUCUCCAGUUGUUCUCUCGUAGUUAGUUUUGCUUAGGAUCAUUUGUAAUAAAUUAUUAUAUUAUUAGUGCUAUAACACUCCAACCUCGUUCCCAGGGUUCUCUCCUACCCGCCCUACGGCGCACCAGUGCCGUCACCAUGAAUGCGACCCUUGCUCUCUCUCUCCGUAGGGUGGGUAGGAGAAAACCCUGGGAACGAGGUUGGUAACGUUCUGCUUUAAAAGUCGCUGUUUAAAAACCACUUGAAUCAAAUGACAGAGACAUAACAGAUAUUUCAAUAUUUUGCGCCAUCUGGAGUAGUUUGUUUAAUCAAGUCUGAAAAAGUCUUUUCUUUUUCUAGCUUACCGAUCUCAGUUGGGAGUCAAACACAAACUCACGAUGCAAGCUUAUGAUCGGCUGGCAGACCUUGUCCGAGAUCUCAAGAAUCCCUUUUGA